GCCGACGACCGUGGUGGACGAUGAGCGCGACGACCGCAACGUGGACCACGCACGUAUCGCCGCAUUAGCCCGAGUGAGACUGCCAGACGCGGGCCAAACGCCGCCAUGGCUUCCUUCUCGAGCUCUGUCAUCAAUAAAUCCGGGAAAAAAUUCGCUCCCAAGAUACCAGCGCGUCGUGCGCCUGCUCCUUCCACUACCCCAGCCCCGCCAGCACGAGACACCACUCUGCAACCGUCGCAAGCAUCGCAAAUCUCUUCCCAAGCACGAUCGUCCCCACCGGCAACGGCACGUCCGGCACCAGCAUCUUCUUCGACUCCUGUUAAGUCUCCAGAACAUGCAAAACCGUCAGCUCAACCCUCUUCACCUUCGCCCCGAACACGUCGAAGCCCCGCAUCCCCCAAGGCCGUUCGCAUCCCCCUACCUUCAAGAAGGUCUUCCGUUUCCACGGCUCCUCAAACCCAGUCUAGUACCGUUAAAUCACCUUCACAAAAGCCAACGUCACUGGGGACAGGAAAUGCAGGAUCUACGUUAAUCAGUACUCCGAGAGCUGAUGCCCAAGGUGGCUCCCCAGCGCCAGGCCGUCCGAGCUUCGUGACCCUAGAUAUCACAGAGACCCCAGCGCUCUCUGAUUCGCAAACAAGCGUCCGCCCAGCAAAGCGAAUCAGAGUCUCGGAACCAGAAACGCGGAUACUUCCUCCUUCGCGCAGAGAAGCGGAGAGUCAGGCCAUAGCACCUACCGCAUCUGCUGCGUCUGUAACGCCAUCCGUGGAGUCGACGACAACCCAAGAUACUGAGGCUCCAGUCCCGGCCACUAAGAAAACCGCUACGUCAAAGAAGUCUAAGGCUAAGCGCAAAAGAGUAGCGGAAAAUGAGGGGGAGGAAUGUGCGGAGGAUUCAGUGAGUCCACGGAAACCCCGCGGCCGGAGGAAACGUGAGGAGACACCCGAAAACGCCGAGUCGAUCGAGAUAGUCUCGGCAGUUGUUAAGAUGUCAGAUCUGUGUAGAGACCUACGCACAGGGAGAAAGUCGAAACGAGAAAUGGAACUAAGAAGCAUGGAAGUUGCAGAAUUCGCAAGGAAACAAAGGGAGAGAGAAAGCAGGGAGCAGAGUACGACUCAAGACCAGAAAAAAGAUACGACCGAAAGGCAGUCGGAAUCAAGAGAACAACGGCUAAGUCGAGAUGAAAUAAAAGCCAGCGGCCCGCAAAUGCGUAUCGUGAAUGGAGAGAUCGUCUUGGAUACAUCUUCGUUGCAAAUGGACCGACAUGCUGAUGCGGCUCGGAAUGCGGAGGAGAUGGAAGAGGUGGUAGAGAACCCUCUAACACGACGCAUUAAUCAAGCAUCCUUCGGAAAGCGAACAAGAUACGAGGCGUGGGAUGAAGAAUUAACCGAUUUGUUCUACAAGGGCCUGAGGAUGUUCGGAACGGACUUUAUGAUGAUCAGCAAAAUGUUCCCUGGCCGGACGCGGAGACAUAUAAAGUUGAAAUUUUGCAAUGAGGAGAGAAAGGAUCCUGAACGGAUCAAGGAGACGCUACUUGGUCCUCGCGAAGCUGUCGACCUCGACGCAUACUCGGAGAUGACUAAUACAGUCUAUGAUGAUCCCAAGGUCAUCCAUCAAGAGCUGGAGGAGGAGAAGAAGAGAAUCGAACAGCAACAUGCGAAGGAAAGAGAAGCGCGUGAGGAGCAGCUUCGUAAUCCUGGCGAUGGAAAUGUACUGCCCAGUAUAGAAAAUGGGGCAGAUACGAAGCGAGGUCGGAGUCAAAAGAAAAAACAGGCCAAGUCCGCCCAAUUUGGUGGAGGCACUGAAGAGAUUCUUGGUACAAUUGAUGACUUUUAA